AUGACAGAAUCAACUCUCCCCGGGUAUGCACACAGCACAACCACCGUCGAAACCGUCCCUUCCUACACCGCUGCCAACACAACCACCCAUUUCCCCACCACCCUACCAUGCACUCUCACAGUCAAGAACCUCGAUCGUAAGCGUGACCCCAUCACCUUUGUCGACACCAACGCUGACGAACGAGCCGUAUUCGAAUUCGUUCAGCUGGACUACUCGCGUGAAUCGAGUUUCGAUGAAUCUCUCUAUCAAAACCUCGUAGGCAAUGCGAGCGAGAUCUUUUCUUCUCCAGUGAAACUCGUUGUUUCUGCCGAAAAGGAUGCUCCCUUCGCUGUAAGGAAGCACCUCGCUUCUUCGGCGUACGAAUUGAUCGAGCUCGCGCAUGAUGGAAGUUUUGGAAGAUGCACCAAGAUUAGCACUAAAGGAAUGUUCAAGAGCAAGUACUAUCUUGAGAAGGCCACAUGCAACCAUGCUUCCACUUCUUCUUCGUCUUCAUCUCCUGCGAUUGGAACACCCAACUCGCAUGAUAUCUACAUCAAAGGCUCUCUCAAAGCUCUUAAUGUUUCCCUUCGACGCAAUGCCGACGGCCAAAAGUCAACCCUGGUAGAACUGAUCAAAGGCGUACACGCAACAGUUGCGCACUUUGACUCAUCCAUCACCUCCCUCCCCUCCAGCAUUCCUGUGCCUUACCUCGUAGCAUCGCUCUACGCAGCUAUCGACACUCAUCGCGAGCACUAUCUAACCUUCACUACGGAUGAAAAACUCGAUGAGCUUCAGGCUAAAGUCAAGCCUUCUACCUGGGACAGUCUCUUCUUGCAGGCGGGACAGACGAGUAAGAAGCAAAAAGAAUUCUCGCAGCAAUUGGAGAGCGAAAGGAAAAGGGAGUAUAAUGAAGCGGUGCAUAAUAAGUGCGCUUAUCCCAACGGGAUAAUUCCCACUCAAAAAUCGGCCUCGACUUCGAGAAGUAGAUCGAGGGCCGCGAGUAAGUCGAGGGACGGAUCGAGGACUGCUAGUCCCGCUCCGGGGCAGAUGGGGCUGCCGAGCGUGGAUGGUGCUGGUGAGCGUACGGUUGCGAUUGGUGAGGAUGAGGACAGGGGUCGUCGUUGA